GAUGAUGAUGAUAUCAACCUGCGUGUUGAAAAAAUGAAUACUACUAGUUUACGACUAGUUGAAGUAUUUCUUCCUCUUAUUAGUAGUAAUCAUCUAGUUACAUAUAAUAGUAGUGAAAAAGACAAACGAGACAUAUACUACUGGUAUAAUUAGCUAAGAGGAGGAAGGGAAGGAAGAAACAAGGAAGGAAAGGAGGGGAGUACUGGUGGCGGAGCUUGGAUCAAUUGCUAGUAGUUGGUGGCCUGAGCCUCUGAGAGAGAGAGAGAGAGAGGGGCAUAUAGCCUAACUAAAAAGUAGUAAUAUAUACUAAGGAAGGAAAGAAGGAUACAUCAUCAAUAUUGAGAAUAUCGAUCAUGGCAGGAGGAGGAGAAGGAGAAGGAGUUACCUUGGAGUAUACACCGACGUGGGUGGUGGCUCUGGUGUGCACCGUUAUAGUUGCCCUCUCUCUCUUUGCCGAAAGGGUCCUUCACUAUACCGGCAAGUAUUUGCUGAAGAAGAAUCAGAAGCCGCUGUAUCAGGCCUUGCUCAAAAUCAAGGAAGAGUUGAUGCUACUGGGCUUCAUAUCUCUCCUUCUCACUGUGUUCCAAAGCAAAAUUAAUGAGAUAUGCAUCGACAAGCACCUGACCGACGACUGGCUUCCCUGCAAGAAGAAAGAUGAUACCUCCUCCUCAACCACUUCCCACCUCCAGACUACCUCCGCCUUCUUCUCCUCUCUCCUCCCCGGACCAGGAGGACUCCACCGCCGCCUUCUGGCUGAGGCAUCAACUACUCAAGGCUACUGCGAAAAAAAGGGGAAGGCACCGCUGCUAUCUCUCACAGCUUUGCAUCAUCUUCACAUCUUUAUAUUUGCACUGGCCGUUUCUCAUGUCAUCUUCUGUGCGCUAACAAUUCUAUUUGCCAGUGCAAAGAUCCGCCAGUGGAAACUCUGGGAAGAUGCUAUUCAGAAAAAGGAAGAUGACCCUGAGCAAGCUGAGCGGAUGAAAUUUACCCACGUCCAGGAACAUGACUUCAUCAGGGACCGAUUUCUGGGCCUUGGAAAGGACUCGGCUGCACUUGGUUGGGUGGAAUCCUUUUUUAAGCAAUUUUAUGGGUCAGUUACUGAAUCGGAUUAUACCACUCUGCGAUUUGGCUUCAUUAUGACUCAUUGUCGAGGAAAUCCAAAGUUUAACUUUCACAAGUACAUGAUACGUGCCCUUGAAGCGGAUUUUAAGAGAGUUGUUGGAAUAAGCUGGUACCUUUGGCUAUUGGUUGUCCUCUUUCUUUUGCUGAAUGUGUAUGGUUGGCAUACAUAUUUUUGGAUAUCAUUUAUUCCCUUCGCUCUGUUGCUUGCUGUGGGCACCAAACUAGAGCAUGUAAUCUCACAGUUAGCUCAAGAGGUCGCUGAGAAACAUGUUGCAGUUCAAGGGGAGCUGGUAGUCAGGCCUUCAGAUGAUCACUUCUGGUUUAACCGCCCAAAACUUGUCCUUCAUCUGAUUCAUAUCAUUUUAUUCCAAAAUGCCUUUGAGAUUGCAAUUUUCUUCUGGACGUGGGCUCAGUAUAAAUUUGAUUCUUGCAUCAUGGGAGCAGUUGGUUAUGUCAUCCCAAGACUUGUUUUAGGGGCGUUUGUGCAGUUCAUUUGCAGUUACAGUACAUUGCCUCUGUAUGCAAUUGUGACACAGAUGGGAAGUACAUUCAAGAAAGCUAUCUUCGAGGAACACGUACAAGAAGGACUCGUGGGUUGGGCUCAAAAGGCAAGAAAGAACAAGGGCAUGAGGAAAGUGGUGAAUGCCUCUUCCACACAAGUUGGUCCCAAGGAGUCUCCCUCUGUAGAGAUGACACAAACACGGAAUGAGUCGCCGAGUAGAACUCUGCUGGAAAAGAACAUUAAUAAAGCUGCCGGAGAAAUCGAGCCUGCAACUGAACUGAAUGAAAUGCCACUCCCCUCAGCGUCUGACAUCAGACUUGCUGAUGCAAAUGACUUGCGAUAAUAUGACAAUUGCAGAAUAGGUGUGAUAUCUUGCUCCUUUACUGUCAUAUCUUGCUGCAAUUGUUAAUUGUGAAUUGCGGCUUGUACUACAUUCCUUGCACUUUUGAGGGAAGUUGCAGCUUGUUCUAGCAUGCAGUAUAGCUAAAAUUCUAUAAUCCCUUUUGGAACCAUUCCCUCAAAUUUGUAUUUCUAGA